UCAGUUCGAAAAGGCACACUUCACUUGUCGCUGCUUCGAACAUCUUCUACAAUACUCGAACGUCGCAAUCCAGAGACUCUUACUGAAAUCGAGCAUAAUACAAGACCAACGAGACCAUCAUCAUGUUCAAGUUCACGGUGACGUUGUUGAUCACAGCGAUGGCCGCGUCUGCGUCGCUAGCCGUCAGCAUACCAGUCGAACACCGUCCACAGGAACCAGCCGCGGACUCCAGCAACGUGGUGAUGCACAAGAAGCACGUCAAACCCGAUAAGGUCGUGUUCAUGUCGGAGGUGUCGGCGUCGCAUGUUGGCGAGGGUGGCAGCGAGGACGGCAACGAGGGCGGCAACGAUGGGGGCAGCGGCCUACUGGAAUUGGGGCUAUCCGGUCUACUCGAGGUGGCCAGUGCACCGAAGAAGAUCAUCGGCGCCAUAGCCAGUUUCGUGUUCGGCAAACUCAAGUUGUUGGACCUCAAGAAACUCGUCAAGAUCACGAUGCUGGCUGCCCUGGUGACCGUGCUCGGCGCCGUGGCCUCAGUGGCCGUGGCCGGUUUCGUGUCUGUCGUGACGGUGGUGUGCACGGUGCUGCCAUAUCUGAAAUUUGUAUUCGGCGGUCACCACCAUAAAGGCGAGUCCACGUCCGAGUCACAGAUCGACCUGGUCAGCGAGUUCAUGAUGGGCGCGCUUGAAAAGUACAGCAACAACAGCAACAAGCGCAAGGCAUGAGUCCAGGGUAGCCGCUGUGCCGCGGAAAACGCCCAUCAAUAGUUGUUUCGGCAAUACGGUUAACAUUUUAUUUAUUGUACAUCCAACAAACCGAU